AUAUAUAAACAUAUAUAUUAUAGAUAUAGAUAUAGUACAUAACUUAUUGAGAGCAAAAUUUGAACGAUUAACAAUAUGCACAGGCAUCGCUAUAAUAAUGUACAACUUGAUGGGCUGUCUGCGGGUCUGGCAAGACACCAGCAGCAGCAGCAGCAGCAGCAGCAGCAACAGCAGCAACAACAGCAACAACAGCAUAUGCCGUUGCCACGUGGAGGAACACUGACUGGGGAUGAGGAGCAGCUGCCAAUGUGGCCAAGCGAGCGCAUUCCGCCUGGCGGCAGCGGUGCCUUUCAUUCUCCAAAAGUGGAGUACAGCAAGGAGACUGCCGAGUUACUUAAGCUGCUCAUGAAGGAAUCGAGGAUGUCCAUGAUUAUGCGCAAGCAAAUCGAUAAUAGCUUACGCAGUGGAGAGCCACUUCCCUUGCCUAAGCCCCCUCGUCCCAAUACCAGCAAUGAUCUCGAUAAGGAGACUCUGGCUAUACUGGAACGUGCUCGCAAUGCUAAGCGUAAGAACUUGCGCCAAAUUGAGCGUAGCGGAGCUUAUGAGACGUCCUAUUAUCGUCCCAAAGUGGACAAUCGCAUGUUGAGCGAUAAGGCCAAGGCCAGGCUCCAAUUCACCAUGGCUGGAAUUGAGUUGCCAGAUCCGUCCGUAAAGCCGCUACGCCGUCCCCGCGAAGAUCGUUUGGUUACCGAAAAUGACUUGAUCAAUGAAUUGCUGGAUCAAAUCAAUGAGCGUGCCGAAUGGCUAGCCGAAAUGGAGGCUUUGGGGCAGGGUAAGAAAUAUCGCCCGGAGAUACACGAUCAAAUCUCCGAGCGUUUGCAUCGCAUCCGUAGUUUGGAGACUAAGAUCAAAAUGAAGGAAGAUGGAGGCUAUCGCUUUGUCGACUAAAAACAAAUGUUAAAUGUUUAAUGUAUAGAAAUAGUGUUACACGAGUAAAUUGAAAGAACCGUUGGGCAAAUAA